AUGUUCUUUGUUUCCCAAAAUGCUUUGGUCAACCCCCCUCCUCUCCCCUCUCUUCGGCUCCCUAUUUUAACUCACUUUCCUCUUUACCCUUCUUCUAUAUAUGCUCCUCUUUCUCCAUUUUCCCUUGUCUUCUUCUUCCCUUCAUUCGUUCAUAGACUUAAAGUGCCUGUGUUCUUCCUCCUUUUUCUUUUCUGUGUUUCAUUUUCCCGGUUCAUCACUGUUAAAAGUGCACAGCUUUUGGAAUUUCAUCGUGUAAAAGCCAUGGCUGCUGCUGCUGCACCUGCAAAUGUCAUUUAUUUGUCUACCAUUCUGGGCUGUGAUGGUCCCUCCACUGUCCACAAAUGCGACUGGAAAUGUCAAAACGAACAUGUUUGUGGCAACAUGUAUCGAUGCAAACUGACGGGAAUCACACACAUCUGUGACAUGAACUGUAACCAGAGAAUUCUGUACGAUAAUAAUAGCUCGCUUUGUCGAGCAAGUGGCCAGGUUUUCCCUCUUUCUCAGGCCGAGGAGCAGGUGAUCAGAGGUAUCAGGAGGAAGCUUGAUGCUGAUAAUUCGCCGCCUUCCGAUAGCUGUGGUUUUAAGCGGCGGCGAGACGCGCAGACUCCUCCGGCUGCGGCCAAGUUGGGGAUGGCAGCAUUGAUAUGA